AUGCCACAACUAAACCCAGCACCAUGAUUCAUAAUUAUACUAAUAACCUGAUUUACCUACUCACUACUCAUUCAACCUAAACUACUAUCAUUCACUUCCAUAAACACCCCCUCGAACAAAACAACAUCAACAACAAAACCUACCCCAUGAACCUGACCAUGAACCUAA